GAACCACCAGAGACCAGGAUGUCAAAGAAGAAGAAGAAGACUAUCCCCAGACCACCUGUCACAAAGGAUGCAGAGAAGUGUAAUGAUGGCCCAACUGAGAUCAGUAGGCAAGUCUCAAACAUUCUAAAUGCUCAGUUCUUGUUUUUGUUAUAAAAAAAUCAAAUUAACACACCUGACAUGCAUCUAAACCCAUUUCCAUUGUUUUAGCCCCAAUACCACCCCAAGGAGAAAGUGCCUUUUCCCAACCCUGUGAGUAACGGAGUCACACAAUUAAAUUAAAUGAACAAUUCAUGAUUUAUGAGUGCCACCUCCCUCAGGAAGUCUGAGCCAGAGCCAGACCCAGACCCUCUGUCUGAGCCAGCAGAGACCAGCGAGCCACAGCAGAAGGCGGCAAUCUUCAACCCACCUGCCAGAAAGCGACUGAAGAGGACCAGGUCAGGUUACACUCUAGUCAUAGUUAUUUCAUACUAUAUUCACGCCAUUAGAUAGUUGAAUCCCAAUUUGUAGUUCCACAUUGUCCAUAUUUUCUUUUGUGUCUAUUCUACCUCAGAAAGUUGGAGCCAGCCCCAGCCCCUCGCUCUGAGCCACCAGAGAGCAUGAAGUCAAAGGAGAUGGAGAUCCCAGGUCCACCUGCCACAAAGAGACUGAAGAGGACCAGGUCACUCACUAGUUAUCUCAUACAAUAGUCACACUAUUAUGUAGUCAGUUGAAUCUCAAUUUCUUAUUUUCAGAUUCUAUUGUCCACAUUGUUUUCUGUUCUAAGAUUUUCGUUUAAUUUGGGUCUGUUCUAUCAUGUUCUACCUCAGGAAGUUGGAGCCAGCUCCAGCCCCUCUCUCUGAACCUCUAGACACCAGGAAGUCAAAGAAGAAAAUAAUCCCUGGCCCACCAGCCACUCAGCAAGUGAAGAGAUCCAGAUGUCCUCCCAGACCCUGGACCCCUAACCCAGUGAAGACUAGACGUAGGCCACCUUCAGCCACAGCCCCUACCUGUGAGAUAGGUAUAACUACACGUACCUUGAGAUCUAAGGUAGCGACAAGCCCUACCUUGAAGUCAGGUGUAGCCACAUCCCCAUCCAGCGGUGCAGCCUUUUCCACAUCCCCUGAGAGGAAGAAGAUGAGGAAGAAGGACAGGAAGAGGGCCAGGUGCAGUGGUACGGCCGUUCCCACCCCCCCUGAGAGGAGGAAGAAGAAGAGGGCGAGGUGCUGCCCUGUCCCGCUGAACAACCCCUUGUCUGUCUGUCGGUCACAGAGGGCCACCCAGGGCAGGAAGGCCUGUGUGUGGUGCAAACAGGGGAAAGAGUGGGUGAAAACCAUCUGGCAGUGUGAGGCCUGUCAGGUGGCCCUCUGUCUCAUACCGGGCAGAAACUGCUUCAGGGCCUGGCACGAGACUCACAAGUGGAACGAGGCAGUCAGCUUCAGUCUGUUUUGUUAA